CCCGUGCCAUGGGUAAUUCCGUCAGCAGGCCCAGCUGCCUGGGGGAGAGGGGGAAGAAAUCCGAGCGCUUUCUCAAGGAGUGUUGUAUGAAGAAGGAGUCUGUGAUCGACUUCCAGAGCGUGAGGAACAAUGUGGAGCCCAGCGCCGCUCCUCCCGACAAGAAACCAAACGAGAUGGUGUUCGAGAAAGAACUGAACGUCACUCCGACCACCAGCAGAAGCCGAGAGCCUCUGCCCAAGCAGAACAAUGCAGAUGCCAACGUGCCCAAGGCAGCUAUCAAGGGUGGAACCCCUAGGUCCACACCAGAUCACAUGAGCAAUGUGUGGACUCCUCAGAGAGGAACCCUGCAGAGGUCCUCUGGGGGAAGCUGGUCCUGGCAACCACUUGCCAGCAGGGAAGUGACAGAAGUCACUGAAGUCACAGAGACCAUUGUCACCGAGAUAGUGGAGGUGACCCAGUUCCCUUCAGGAGAGAAGGGCGGGGAGCCCAUCGUCACUAGGACAGUGAAAGUGCUGACCGACUAUGGCGGGGAGCUUGCUGAGGUACCGAACAGCCCGGCAGCUCAGACGGACGCGUACAACCGGAUGGGACAAUGGGACGCCUUCGGCAUGAGGCAUGCACUUGCCCUGCCGGAGCUGCCAGAGACCCUGGACACCAUACAGGGCUGGGUGCUGGAAAUGGAAGAGCUGACCGACGCCCAAAAACCUCCGUCAUCCGAGGCCAAAGUGGUGAAGGCCCAGCUCCAGGAGCAGAAGCUUCUGCAGCGGCUCUUGCAGGAGAGAAGGCCCCGGAUAGAGCGAGUACUGCAGGGCAGGAGGUCACCUUCUCAGCCUCUUCCCAUAGAGGCCGCAGAGCCGGCCGAGCGGAGAGCGCCCCUACUGGGUCUUCAGCAUCGGUGGGACAACCUGCUCCAGAAGGCCGAGGAGAGACACCGCCAGUUAGAGAGGAUCACCCCCGCUGCCCAGAACUUCCAGGAAUCUCUAGACGCCUUCUAUGAUUGGCUGAGCUCCACCGAGAGACGACUGGCAGAGCUAUGGCGAACCAACAGGUCCAUGAACCAAAUAAAAGACGAUCUGUGUGUGGAGAUCCAGAGUAAGCCGGGAGAUCUGGACAUGGUUCUAGAGAAGGGUCAGGUGAUCCUGGAACUGCUGUCAGGAGAGGAAUCUCAGCUUUGCCAAGAAAAGAUGGACGCUCUGCGGGUCCGGUAUAUUAUUGUAGCUCAGAGCGCUGGUGACAUGCUCCAGAGAACAGAACAAACUUUACAAGCCACAGAACACCUAGACCCCUCUCAGGAAGACAUUUCCCUGUGGCUGGGCCGGAUGGAGAAGCUGGCAUCUUCUGUGAGCGGGGAAGGCGGUGGGGAACGCAGCAUGCUAAGUGCCAGUGACACAGAAAAGCUGGACCAGGUUGUUCUGACUGAGUUGUCUCAUCUUCGUGACGCUGAGCGACAUCUGGAGAAGCUGAGUCGAGUCACACUGGAUGUGGAGGCCUUAAAGGCGCAGAUGAGGGAUCAUAAGCUGAUGGCCGUGGACGUUCUACAACACUGCGGCAUCACCGAAAGGCUGCUGGGUAUCUCUGACAUUCUGCUGACCUUGUGCCCACAGGCCACCCAGGAUCGGUUGCAGGCGUCUCUGGAGUCCCUGAAGGAGAAGUGUCCACGUAUAGCGGCCCAGGUGACCUCCUCGCCCCCUGCUCUGGAGCACACCCUCACCAUGCUUGCCCAGUUUUCAGAAGCUGAGGAGGAGCUGCUGCCCUGGAUAGAGGAGGCAGAGUUCGACUUACCGCAAAGAUCUCCUAACUGUGGCCUCUCCGGAGAUUUCAGGGAACAACAAGAGAGACUGCAGGCUCUGCGGGAGGUGGUUGCUGAACAUAAGCCACUUGUCACCAAACUACACCGAGUCGCCUGUAAGCUGUCUGAGUUGUGUCCCGAAGAGAGUUCUGUAUUCCAGCAAAGAUUUGAAUGUGCAGAGAAACGGUAUUGUGCCAUCCGGGAGGCCGUCCGCCAGGCAGCUGCUGUCCUCGAGGAUACCGUUCCCCGAUAUAGCCAGAUCAGUGAGAGGAUAGAUAUGAUGUCUGAGAGCUUGGAGCGGCUCAAGAGUCGGACGAAGAGCUCUACGUCUGUACGCGGGGAGCCCUCUCGGAUUCGGGAACAGCUUCAAGAAAACUCUCAAGUUCAAGCUGAGCUGGAGAAACUGGGAGUCGCUCUGGAGAACAUCAGCAGACAGGGCAGUGAGCUGGCUUCCAGCCUUCCAGAUGAUGCUAAAGAAUCACAGGGACUCCAGCAACGGACAGAAGCGUUAUUGGCAGACUGGAAGCAGCUGUGUGGCCGCACAGAGGAGCACGAUUCUUGGCUGUCUGGACUUCUCAUGUUGGCAGAAAGGUUCUGGGUCAGUCUCUCUGACCUGGCGGUCAAUCUCGGAGACACCCAGCAGAUGGUCCUGGAUACAGAACAACCCAGCCCUGACCCUGACUCUAUCAGAACCCGGUUGGAUGCUAUGCAGGCUCUCCGGGAAGACAUUGACAAUCUGCAGAAUGAGCUGGAUGUACUGGGCUCCCUUGGAGUGGACCUGAUGUCUUCAUGUGGGGACAUGGACAAGCCAGAUGUAACCAAGAGCCUGGAUGAGGCAAUUGGCCAACAGGAGGUAAAAGAAAUGACCAGUACCUGUAGUUAUGAGGAGCAUGUGGCUCACGCCCCUUCCUCCCAUUGGUGCAUGGUGGUUGGACAAUAUGUGAGCCACGCCCCUUUUUGCCCACCCAUAUUAAUUGGGGUGUACAUGACUUAUGACUUACAUCCCUUCCUCCCACUGCUGUAUGCGGCCUGGAACGGUCUGAGCAAGCUCUGGGGUGAGCGCAACGCACAUCUGGAGGAUCAACUGAAGGUUACACUACGAUACCAGGAGACCGUUCAGAGGCUGCAGGAUUGGCUGCUUGUAGCUGAGUCUCGCCUAUCUGAGGAGUUCCUCGUGGGUGGAGACUUGGACAUGGUGAGGCGUCAGCUGUCUGACUUAAAGGAAUUUAAGAGGGAGCUGUAUCAGCACCGAGUGGAGCUGGAGAGCAUCGGGCACCAGAACCUGGACAAGUCUGAUGGAUCGCAGCUGAGUGACUACAGAGAGCGCUGGGACCGGCUGGAGGAGGAGGCUGUGAACCGCCAGCACAAGCUAGAAGAUGCCCUGCUGGGACUUGGCCAGUUCCAGAACCAGCUGGAGGAGCUUCUGAACUGGCUCUCCCACACCAAGGAGCAGCUCCAGGGGCCCCGCCAGCCUUGUACCGACCUGCAAACCUGUGAGAUCGAGCUGGCCAAACACAAGGUCCUGCGGAAUGACGUCCUCUCUCACACCCGCACAGUGGAGUCAGUGGAUGAGGCCGGACGGGCAAUCUUGCUGACCUCUCUUGGCGACGGCGCGGAGACCCUCCAGGCCAGGCUGAGCGAACUGACACAGCGGUGGGAGUUUGUCCGGAGCGAGACGGAGAGGCGACAGCUGGAGCUGGAGAAUGACCUCAGCAGGGUGCAGGAUGUCGCCCUGGAGGUCACCGAUCUUCUGCAGUGGCUGGAAGAGGUGGAGGCCCGUCUGUCCUUCUGCAAACCUGUGUGGGGUCAUCCGGAAUCCACCAGAGAAGCUCUGACCAAACACCUGGAUCUGUGUAAAGAGAUGGAGUCUAAGCAGCACACAUACAACAGCGUGCGGGACCGUCUCCAGCGCCUCCUGGCCUCCAGCCCUCACCCGCGAGGCUCCAGCGUUGAGCACCAGCUACGGAUCCUGGAGCAAAAGUGGGAGAGCGCAUACACCAAGGUGCAGGACAGAAAGGCGUGCUUGUCGGAUGGGUUGGCGAUGAUAACAGAGUUCCACAGCACCAUGCAGGAAGUGUCUCAGUGGAUCGGCCAAGCAGAGGGGCGACUCAACACGGCCGGACCACCCAGCAUCAUCUUAGAGACCGUCACCAAUCAGAUUCAAGAACACAAGGGUCUGGUGCAGGAGAUCCAGCUGAACGAGGACAAGCUGUCCAGCCUGGAGUCAGUCUGCUCCCGUCUCAAGGAUGUGAGUCGGAAACAGGAAGGGGACAUGACCCAGUCCCUGGUGCAGGGCGCCCGGGAGCGGCUGGGGAAGGUGCAGGAGAGGGCGGCCGAGAGGGGCCGCAGUCUGGAGGAGUCCCGGAGACAAGCCAAGCAAUACACCGAGUCCCGGCGGAUGCUUCUGGACUGGCUCCAGGAAGCGGACCAGAGUUUGGACUCCCAGAAGAUCGACACCAGCGUCAGCCAGGAGCACAUCAAGCAGCAGCUGGGCCAGCACAAGGACUUUCAGAAAGUCUUCCGCUCCAAGCGUCCCGUGUAUGAGGCGACCCUGCGGAGCGGCCGCGCUCUCCGAGAGAAGAUCCGAUUGCCGGAGGAUGGGCAGAAGAUGGACGAAUCGCUCGGGGAGCUGAGAGAGCGCUGGGAGCAUGUCUGCAACAGGUCGACCGAGAGGCAGCAGAAGCUGGAGGAGUCGUUGCUGUUUUCCGGAAAAUUCACAGACGCUCUUCAGGCUCUCAUGGAUUGGCUGUACCGAGCGGAGCCGCAGCUCUCCGAGGAGAUACCGCUGGGAGGAGACCGAGAUCUGGUCAGCGACCUGCUGGACAAGCACAAGGCCUUCCAGAAAGAACUGGGGAAGAGAGCCAGCUCCAUGAAGACCUUGAAACACUCCAUCCGAGACCUGAGCCGGGGAGGUGUUGGCACCGACUCUCAUUGGCUGCAGAGGCAGAUGGAGGAGCUGGGCCAUCGCUGGGACGUCGUGUGUCAGCUUUCCGUCACUAAGCAAGCCAGGCUGGAGGCCUCUCUGCAGCAGGCGGAGGAGUUCCAUUCGCUGGUCAGCACCUUCCUGGAGGGUCUGGGUGAGUCUGAGCGGACGCUGAGGUACGGGGUGAUCCCUGAGGAUGAGCAAGCCCUGCAGGAGUGCCAGAAGCAGCAGCAGGAACUGAUGAGCACCCUACAGUGUCAGCAGAUGGCUCUGGAGUGUAUCGUCUCCCUGGGGCAAGAGAUCCUGUCCGCCUGCCACCCCGACUCCAUCAUCACCAUCAAAUCCUGGCUGAACAUCUGCAAGACGCGCUACCAAGAGGUGGUUUCCUGGGCCAAGCAGCAGGGAGACCGUAUCCAGGCGCAGAUUCAGUCCUUGGCGGCAGAACGUGCGGAGGUCGCUCGGCUCAUGGAUUGGAUAACAGCGGCAGAGGAAGCGUUGAGUUUAAGGGAUCAGGAGCCCCUGCCGGAAGACAUGGACACCCUCGGAGAGAUCAUCUCACAACACUCGGUGUUCAUGGAGGAGCUGAGCCGCAAGGAGCCCGAGGUGGAGAAAGUCACCAAGAUACCGGCCACCCCACAUCUCUAA